GGAUCGCACCCUAUUCCCUUGCAGAGAUGGGUGAAGUGGAGUCCUACAAGGUGAUUCUGGAUGGGCCUGCGCCCUGGGGCUUCCGGCUGCAGGGGGGGAAGGAUUUCAGCAUGCCGCUCUCCAUCUCCAGGCUGACUCCAGGCGGGAAGGCGGCCCAGGCUGGCGUAGGAGUGGGCGACUGGGUGCUGAGCAUCGACGGGGAGCUCACCAGCCCCAUGACGCACAUCGAGGCCCAGAACAGGAUCCGUGCCUGUGGGGACAGGCUCUGCCUCACCCUGAGCAGGUUGCCAGCCGGCUAUCCCUUCCCAAGGGCUGGUGCCCACGGUGUCCUCGGCCUGGCCUGGCUCUGGUGGUUGCUGGGCUGGUUCCAGCACCUGCCUUGCUGUCUCCUCUCUUGCAGAAUCCCGAAUGCCGUGGGGAAGCAGCAGAAGGACUCACUCCCCUGCUCUGAGCCCCCGAAAUAUAACUUCGCUCCCAGCACCGCCCUCAACAAAACUGCUCGGCCCUUUGGGGCCGGCUCGCCUCCGAACCCACCGCCCGGGCUGGUGACGAAACCCGUGACGUACGUGCCCCUGGCGCCCGCCUGCACCCCCCAGCACAACGGGUACGUUGCUACCCGCACUCGUGCUGCUGUCGUUCCCGCCGAGGUGCCCGGGAGCGUUUCCCGGCUCAGCGCGCUGCCCUCUGUCGCUCGCAGGCACCCCCCCCGGCCGCUGAGCCCCCCGGGCCUCCUGCCCUGUGACCCCAGCAAAUUGAGGCUGAUAGAGGACACGGAGGACUGGCGGCCCCGCACCGGGACCUCACAGUCCCGCACCUUCCGCAUCCUGGCCCGCCUCACGGGCACGGACGGCAUUGACGAUGAUGAUGAUGAGCUUGUUAACAAGUCCAGAGCAAAGUUCUUCACUGAGCUGCGGAGCCCGCGCUACGCUCGCCUUCGCGACUGGCACCACCAGCGCUCGGCCACUGCUCUGAACAUCAAGUCCCGCCUCCUUCUGGCUGGGAGGGAGUUGUCCCCGGGCUGCUCUGCAGCUCUGCUCCCCUGGGACCAGCGGUUGCGGUGCUGGCGAGCGCUGACCUGGGCUCUGCCUCCCCUCGCAGACUAUGAGAAGAUGUUUGGCACCAAGUGCCGCGGCUGCGACUUCAAGAUCGAUGCUGGCGACCGGUUCCUGGAGGCGCUGGGCUUCAGC